AGGGGGAAGAGCUUUCGCGGGAGAGCCAGCAGUCAGCUAGUUUAUUCUGUUUCAGCAACUUUUGCAGUAUUUCGAUGUUUUAAUGCAGAAGUAAUCAACCGUGCAUCUCGCAGGGGUUGUUUAUCGACUGUCUUUUGAGAGGGAUUGUUGAAAGAAUACGUCAGGCGUUUUAAGGAGUGAAGUCUGGCCCCUCACAGUCUACAGAGACAGUUUCACAGCUGGGCGCUAUGUCUGUCACAGGUGUCCCUAUGGCUAGUGAGGAUUCAACAGAACAACUUCCAGGAGAUGCAGCUGGUUCAGAAGUGAAGCCAGAUGCAGUGGAGUCAUGCCUGCUGGAUGCCACUGAGGCUGGUGUAAAUGAACCAAGCCGUCAAAACAGCCUUAUGGAAAGCCAAAAGAUGGAGCAGGAGGAAGUAGAGGAGAUGGAGGAAGAUCCGGAUUUAAGACAACAGUCGGGUGUGGACCAAGAAAACGGACCAGAAAAGAGCAAUGUAAGUGACCAGAAUGAAGAAGAAAAUUGUGCGCAGGAACACUCUGAGCAGAAGAAUGCUGGAGAAGAAGAGAAGAAUGAAGUGAGGAACAUCGCAGAGGAUGCAGCAUGGUGUUCAGAAGAGCUUGUGAUUGCUAAAGUCGAAGACCUUACCAAUGAAACGGCAAUAGAUGUGGACCAGGCUGAGGAUGGGAGGAUGGAGGUAGAUGGAUCAGAUGAUGCAGAGAAAUCUUUUCCUAAACCCAUAAAAAGAGAGAAAACGGAGCCACCUGUCUUGCAAACAGAGUCAGUGUUAAAAGCUGAGGUGAAACCUCAAGUGGCCCAGCUCUCUGCUGCCCUACCAGUGACGGUGAAGGAUGAGCCAAUGGAUGAGGAGUAUGAGAAAGCGUCGGUGUCACUGCGGCCAGUGGGAAACAUUAAAGAUGAGCCUGACACAGCAGCUGAGUUCAACCAGACACCUGAUUCGAUCAAGAUCAGCGCAGUUUUCUCUGUAGGAGGAAAUACCACAUCCAUUGUUCCAGCAGCUGCUCCAGCAAAGGUGGCACCAGUCCCUACACUAUCCCUUCAUUCUCUGGCCCCUGCCAAUCCAAUUGGUGUGGUCUGCACAGGAUGUAACAAAGUCCUCUUAAAGGGACAGACGGCUUUCCAGCGCAAAGGCUGUCCUAAACUCUACUGUUCACCUCAGUGUCUCUGCACCACCUCUAAUGUGGUGGUCAAGAUACCUCAGAAGAAACAAUGUCACCACUGCCACAAAGACAUUCUUGACCUGAAGGAUGUGAUCAAUGCCCCGGUGGACAUGUCAGGGACUGUGAAGGAGUUCUGCAGUCAGAAAUGCCUCAGUGCUUUAAGCUUCAAGUGCAGUGUUUGUCUUAAGACAGGAAUGACUUACACUCACGAAGUGAACUUAAUGGGCUCCAUCCAUAAGCUGUGCAGCAACAUCUGCUUCAACCAGUUCCGUUCCUCCAAUAAUCUGAACAUAAACAGCUGUGUGAACUGUGGAGGAUAUUGCUAUGGCACAGACAGUCAGUGUCCAUGUCUGCGGAUAGAGGGCAGUGUUAUGAAGUUCUGCAAACAAAACUGCCUCGUAGCCUUCAAAAAGAAAAGUUUGAAACCUGUCGGCUGCAAAAUUUGUCGUACCAUGCGCCCGGUUGCAGAAAUGGUGGACAGUCCAAACACGGAGGGUGUCCGGGAACUUUUCUGUUCAACUUGCUGUGUCACAGCGAAUAAAGUUCAGACUGUCAGUUCUUCAGGUGCUCCAGUGGAAUGCAACAGCUGCAAGCUUAAACUAACGCCUCAGUACCAUCUAGCCAUGUCUGACGGAACCAUCCAAAACUUCUGCUCCUUUUCAUGCGUAGUAUCAUAUCAGGAGUCCUUCAGUAAGAUGAAACCUGUCAUGCCAAUAAAUACUGUAACCUCUACAAGCAACAACACACCUACCCCAAAACAUCGUGCCCCCAAACCUGCUCCCUCAGAGUCCAGCUCAUCAGCGAAAACCAGUACUUCCAGUGGUCCAGCGCAGACAAUCACCAAGAUCCCUUGCUCUCAGUGUUUGAACUCAUUCUUCCACAGACCAGAGCUGCUGGAGUUCAAGAGGAAAAUGUACGCUUUCUGCAAUAAUAGUUGUGUUGAGGAGUUUAAACAGAUCAACAAUGUCAUGGCUCGCUGUGAAUACUGUAAGAUUGAUAAAGUUGUCAAGGAGGUGAAAAGGAUAAACAAGAUUGACCGCUCUUUCUGCAGUGAGGGAUGCAAGUUACUGUAUAAGCAUGACCUGGUCAAGCGCUGGGGGAAGAAACACUGUCGCAACUGCUUUUACUGUAGUGGAUCCGCUCAGGCUCUGGUGACUGAAGUUAUUGAUAACGUAGAGCAUGAGUUCUGUGGGAACAUAUGCUUAUCACAACACACCUUACUGAUGCGUAAGGAAAUAAAGUGCUCCAUGUGCAGGCAGGCCAAGAAGAUGAUGACGGAGACUGUGAAAUGGCUGGGUGAGAUCAAGCAUUUCUGCAGCUUGCAAUGCUUGAUGUUCUUUUGCAGUCUGCAGGGAACCACUGGGGCAGUCAGACCUGCAAACAAGACUUUGUCCACACAAGGGACAAGCCCAGCACCAUCUCCAGGCCCUCAAACUCCAGUUAAUCACACACCACUGGUAACUAAAGAGGCCACACCGGUCAUUGCCAGUAUUAUAUCACUCUCAAAUGUGUCCAAUGGACAGCCAGGUGUUUUGGGGAACAGCGUUCUGCAAGCCUCUGUUCCAGCUGCUACAGCAAAAAGUUCAGGAAAUGCGGCCAGCACACAGACAGACGGUGCGAAGGCUUCUGCGCCAGCACCUCGAAUCCUAAAGAACAAAGCCUUGCUUUGUAAACCAUUAAGUCAGAACAAAGGCACAUCUUGCAAACCCAAUGUCUGCGACAUGAAUACACAAACAGAUGGACCUUCCGUGAUAGUACUGCCUGUGCCAGUGCCAGUCUAUGUUCCACUUCCCAUGAAUCUCUACACCCAAUACACUCCGAAGUCUGUGGGGCUUCCGCUUCCGGUUCCGGUGCCUUUGUUCUUCCCCACUACUCUGGACAGUGCUGAGCGCAUUGUGAAGACCAUUCAGGAAAUCAAAGAGAAGAUCCCUGAUGACCCUCUGGAGGCCGACCUCAUCAUGAUGGCAGAGAUGGUGGCUGAGGAUGCAGAGAAGGAGAGAAGCAUGAUUGUUACUGAUCAGACUAGUAACAUAAUGGACGACCUUGAUCUGGAAGCCUUAUCUAGCAAUCUGAGUUGGGAGGAGGACUCUGUGUCUUCUGCCCAGACAUGGGAUCAAACCCCUGAGCCUGAGAGGCCUCCUCCAUCCAGAUCUGCCACACUGACCCCCGUCUCCACCGCAGCAGAAGAGCCACAGAUGGACUUGGAGGCCGAUUUCCCAAUGGAGAGCAUUGAGCUUUUCAGAGAGCCGACACAAACGGAGACAACAGAUUCUGGCAAACGGAGAUCUCGCAAGAGAAAACAUGACGGCUUCCCUCAGAAGAAAAGGGGCCGUAAGAGUGCAGCUGUUGUUCCAGUCAAAUCAGCGCUAGACAACCUCUCUAGCCUCUCAAAACUGCAACACGAGUAUGCUGUAAAUGCUUGGAAGGAAUGGGUACGCUGGAGGAACGCCCAACCCAACAUGGAGACUCCCAAAUUUGGCUCUCGCAGUAUGACACUAAAGGAGGAUUUGUUGAAAUGUUGCACUGCUGAAAUAAGCUACGGCCUCUGCAAGUUCAUUUCUGAGGUUCGUCGACCCAACGGAGAGAAAUACAGCCCUGACAGCAUCUUUUAUCUCUGCUUGGGAAUCCAGAAGUACCUGUUUGAGAACAAUCGGAUGGAGAACAUCUUCGCUGACGUCUUCUACACAAAAUUCUGCCAUGAACUGACCAACAUACUCAGACAGUGGAAACCAACUAUUUUGCCCAGUGGUUAUGUUCAUUCUCGUGUGGAGGAGGAGUAUCUGUGGGACUGUAAGCAGCUGGGGGCGUUUUCACCCGGUGUGCUGCUCAACACGCUGCUCUACUUCUUCACCAAGUACUUCAACUACAGGACAGUGGAGCAGCACCGCCGCCUCUCUUUUGGCCACAUUGUGCGCUGCUCUCGGAGCAAGGGCAACACAAAAGUGGCCUGUUUGCGUUUCUAUCCCCCCAAAGAGGACACAAGCACAGUUGGCGUCCCUACGAAGAAAAGGAAGGAAGAGGAGGAUGUCAGUGACACUGUAUAUGAGAUAAAAGAGAAUGCAGACAAUCCUCUUCGUUGUCCUGUCAGGCUGUAUGAGUUCUAUCUCUCAAAAUGCUCACCCAGCGUGAGGCAACGCACAACCGACUUUUACCUGAGCCCCGAGCGCUCCUGUGUACCCAACAGUCCCAUGUGGUUCUCAACCUCCUCUCUGAGUGAUGAGGUUCUGGACAGCAUGCUCACACGUAUCCUUACUGUCAGAGAGCUGCACUUGGAGGGAGACAAAUCACCCAAUGAGACUGAUUCAGACAGUGAAUCGGACUUCAGGCCGUUAAUAAAGGCCUGA